AUGGCAUCUGCAGUGAUGAUUUCUCUCCCUCAGUUCAGUGGGUUAAGACCCAUGUCUGCCUCAGUUUCCCCUGUCCAAAGCUUGGUAGCAGUUCAGCCCAUGAAGCAGAGAGGGAAUGGAGCCUUGGGUGCUCGCUGCGAUUAUAUUGGCUCACCUACCAAUUUGAUUAUGGUGGUUUCUACAAGCCUGAUGCUCUUUGCUGGAAGGUUCGGUUUGGCUCCAUCUGCAAACAGGAAGGCCACUGCCGGUUUAAAGCUUGAAGUGAGGGACUCUGGCCUGCAGACUGGUGACCCUGCGGGCUUUACCCUUGCAGAUACCUUGGCAUGUGGGAGUGUAGGUCACAUUAUUGGGGUUGGGGUUGUUCUUGGCCUUAAGAACCUUGGUGCACUCUGA